AUGAGUACGCGUCUGGACAGGCUGAUCACGCUCCUCGACACAGGCGCAACGCCAUUGGUGCGGUCUACGGCGGCACGCCAAAUCGGCGGGAUCCAAAAGCAGCACCCCUCGGAGCUGUUCCGGCUUCUAGCACGCGUAUACGAGUUCAUCGGCAACAAGAGCUGGGACACGCGGAUUGCAGCGGCACAGGCGUUUGACGCAAUUGCCAAGGAGGUCAGCGACUGGGACCCCAGCGGCAACGGCGACGUCAAGCCACCGCUGCUCGACGACGACUUCUUGGCGUUCUCGCAGUUCAACGUCGAUUCAGUGAUCCGGCACGGGCGCCUGCUUCUGGCAUCGGCUGGCAAGGAGUACGACGAGGACGAGGCUAUGGAGGGGCUCGAUGCGCAGGCGCGGAUUGCAGUGCAGCGCGCGCAGAUUAAGAAGCGGCUGGGACUGGGCGCACAGUUUAUGGACGUGGAUCUGCUUGACGACUUGGAUUUGGAGACCGCCCAGGCACGCAAGCGCAAGCCCACCACGCCUGUGAAGCACGAGCCGGUUGCAGAGGAGCCCGAAAUCGACAUGAGCAAGCUGAGCGCGCGCGAGCGCAACCGGAUAAAGCGCAAGCAGCGGCUCGACGGCAAAAAGAAAGGAAAGGUGGAUUUGGGGCCAAAGAAAGCUAACGGUGCCACAGCGGACACAAAGCCCAUGGUCAGCUCGACGGGCGUCGACAUUACUGAGCAGCCGGGCGGCGAGGCCAUUGUUGUCGAGGCCAAAAAGGCCGAUAACCGUGAGGCCCUGUUUGCCAUCAGCGAAGGCAGCUGGCCGUUCGAGUCGCUGGUGGAGAUUCUGUGCAUAGACCUGUUUGACGCCAAAUGGGAGGUCCGGCAUGGCGCCGGCAUGGCGCUGCGCGAGAUCUUCAAGCACCACGGCCACAGCGCCGGCAUGCUGGCUGGCGUUAGCACCGUGGAGAAUGCGAGGCGGAACCAGCAGUUCCUGGAGGACGUGUGUGUGCGGCUCAUGUGUGUGUUUACGCUGGAUCGGUUCGGGGAUUUCGUGUCGGACCAUGUUGUUGCGCCGGUGCGCGAGACAUGCGCCCAGACGCUGGGCGUGCUUAGUCAGUACCUGACGCAGCCCGUGCUGCUCGUCCAGCGUGGUGCCGGCGAUCAGGCGAGCUCGGUCGCACCGAUCUGGGAGGCCCGCCACUCGGGGCUCUCGGGGCUACGGUAUAUUGUAGCGGUGCGCCGCGAUAUGGCGUCACUGCUGGUUACCGGGACUCUGGAUGCAGCGCUGGCCGGACUGCGCGACCAUGACGAUGAUGUCAGAUCGGUGUCAGCCGAGACGCUGCUGCCGCUGGUGGAUACGCUUGUGACAUGCCAGCCAACGCGUAUCCUGGAUGUCAUUGACGGUGUGUGGAUGGCCCUGACGGACCUGGGCGAUGAUCUGACAGCCUCGGUGGCGAAUGUCAUGGACUUGCUGGCGCGGCUGUUUGAGCACCCAAGGGUGCGGGGCACAGUCAUCGAGGCCGGCAGAGUCCGCCCAGAGCAGUACGCAUUCCGAGUGCUGAUUCCACGCCUGUACCCGUUCUUCCGCCACACCAUUGCAUCUGUGCGCAAGGCUACGGUACAGGCGCUGCUGACAUUCGCGUCGAUGCAAGAGGGCGGCGAGCAGGAACUGCAGCACAGCUACGCGCACUCUGGCGAUAUCUCUGGGUUUGCCAUCCCGCCCUGGGUUGACGUCGCAGUGAUGCGACUGGUCAUGCAGAACGUCGUGCUGGAGACGACCCAGGAGAUUCAAGACCUGUCGAUGAAGCUGUGGUUGGCGCUGCUGCGACAGACCCGUGAGCGCGUCCUGCUCAGCCUGCGUGUGUCGGGCAGCACGGAUCCCGAGAAGGAGGCUGCGGAGAUUGCUGCGCAAAACCUGCCACGGGACGUGAUCCGCUCGAUGUUUCUGCUGAUGGCGACGCCGAUCAGCACGCCGAUGCCGCGUGGACUGAUCUACGACCCACGUCGGACUGCCGAUGACGCGGAGUGCUCUGGCAGCCGGUAUAACGUCGAUGCGCCGAUGAUCCAGCAGGACAUGGGUCUGAUCUCGCGCGAGACCAUCAUGCGCUGCCGCGUCCAAGGGGCUGCGGCGCUCGGGCUACUCAUGGCGAUAUGGCCGAACCAGUCGCGCGCUGAGGUGUUUGGCAACAUUCCUGCUGCCUGCAUUGCAUUCGCGGUGGUCGCUGCAGCAGUCAAUCCGAUGGCUCGCAGAGUCGAGUUUAGCUCGCCAGAGUUCGUCGACCAGAUGCUUGCAGCCAUCCAGGCUGUGCUCAGCGGCGACUAUGCAAAGCAUAACCCGCGGCCGCUUGCAUAUGUUGAUUUGGAACGAGCGCUGGUGCACGUGCGUGGAGACUGCCAGGUUCUGCUGGCAUCGGUAGCCGAAUUGCCAGAGAUCAGCCUCACUGACGUCAGCGCCACGCUGUUCGACCAGCUGUGUGCACAGGUCUCCCCGCGCACUCUCAAUGCCCGCAACAAGUCGACGCUGAUGGAGCGGCAGCAGCGGCUCAAGGCGUCGAUUGAGUACUACACGCAGCAGCAGGUCGAGUUUGACGUAUCCACGAAUGCCGCACUUGCCGGCGCCGUAAUCGCUGUUGGCAGACUGCCCAGCAAGCUCAACAGCGUUCUGCGCUCGGUCAUGUCAGCAAUCAAACAGGAGCGGUCCGAUCUGCUGCAGCGACGCGCAGCCAGUGCUGCCGCCCGCAUGGCAGCCUUGUGCUAUUGCUCGGAGACCCCACGCGUUGCCCCCGCCGACAAGAUGAUCAAGAACCUGGCCACCUUUGCCUGCUCGGAUCCGUGGACCACGCCGGUGUUUGCGCAGCGGAGCCAGCAGCUGGACGCGAUUUUGAUGCUCGAGAUGGUGCAGCGCGAGCAGGCUGUCAAGGAGCUGGAGCGGGCGCAGCAGCAAAAGAGCGGCACAGCAGCCAAGCCCAAGAAGGACGAUGGCAGCAACGGCAGUGACGCAUCGAUGGCGGCGGCAGCUGCGGCCAAGGAGGCAGCGGUGAUCCCGCUGUUCCAGGCGUCGACGCUGACAGAGGAGCAGGAGCGCGACCAGGCAGCGCGUCUGAUUGUGCGCGGUGCUGAGAGCGCGCUUGACGCAGUGGCCAAGCUGUUUGGUGCCCAGCUGAUGGCCUCGGUGCCACGGCUGUGGGAGUGCGUUUCGAUACCGCUGACCAAUGUCUACGGCGGCAUGGCUGGCGGCGGCCCGCUGACUGUGCGGUCUGCCGAGGUGCUCAUUGAGGCUGACGCCAAGCUCGAAACCGCAGGCCAGGAGGUUGGGAGCAUCGACCUAUGUCUGCACGACCACCUGGUGCAAGCCCUGCCGUGGGCCAUGAGUGCGCUGAUGAGCAAGUUUGCGGCUGUGCGACACAUGGCGGCACGCACACUGGCCGAGCUGUGCCGCGUGUGCACGGUUGCGGCUAUGCAGCCGUUCAUCCAAAGCGUCUUACCGUCGCUGGGCGACACGACAAUGACGCACCGGCGGCAGGGCCUGCUGGGCGAGACGGUGCUGCCAUACGUCACGUUUUUGAUGGUCCCGGUGCUCGGCCGCAUGAGCGACGUUGAUGAGCAGACGCGGCUGGUGUGCACAAACUGCUUUGCGCAGCUGCUCAAGCUGGAGCUGAUCGAGAAGCGUGAGCACGAGCGCAAGUUCCUGGCGCAGCUGAUGGACUCAUCCAAGCUUGAGCCGUUCAAGAUCCCGGUCAGAAUCAACGCAACGCUGCGUAAGUACCAGCAGGAAGGUGUCGAUUGGCUUGCGUUCCUCGACAAGUACGAGCUGCACGGCGUGCUCUGCGACGAUAUGGGGCUGGGAAAGACCCUGCAGACCAUCUGCAUCAUGGCGUCGGACCACUUCCUGCGCAGCCAGCGGUUCGCCGGGUCUGGCGGGCAGGCCGCGGACUGCCGCCCGUUGCCUAGCCUGGUCAUUUGUCCGCCGACGCUGAUCGGGCACUGGGAGCAGGAGAUCAAGCACUACACCGAGUCCCUGCGGCCUAUGUGCUAUGGCGGCGUGCCCGCCGAGCGCCGCUCCUUGGUGCCACAAAUUGCCGCCAACAAGGCCGACGUUGUGGUUAUGUCGUACGACGUGGUGCGCAAUGACAUCGAGUACCUGCAGGGCCAGAACUGGAACUACUGUGUGCUCGACGAGGGCCAUGUUAUCAAGAACGCCAAGACCAAGCUGACGCAGGCGGUCAAACGGCUGAAGGCGCGGCGGCGGCUGAUUCUGUCGGGCACGCCUGUGCAGAACAACGUCAUUGAGCUCUGGUCGCUGUUUGACUUCCUGAUGCCCGGGUUCCUUGGCACCGAGCGCCAGUUCAACGAGCUCAGACGUCGCAAGGCUCACAUUAACGGCGAAUUGGCGCUCAAGGCGCUGCACAAGCAGGUGCUGCCGUUCCUGCUGCGGCGCAUGAAGGAGGAUGUGCUGCAGGACCUGCCGCCCAAGAUCAUCCAGGACUACCACUGCGAGCUCAGUCCGCUGCAAAAGUUCCUGUACGAGGAGUUUGCAAAGUCCAAUGCCACAGGCAACCUGAAGAAGUCGCUGGGGCUGAAGGGCGAGGAGGGCGAGAGCACGGAAGCCAGCAGCGAGGACACCAAGAAAUCAGGCACACACGUGUUCCAGGCCCUGCAGUACCUGCGCAAGCUGUGCAACCACCCGGCGCUGGUGCUGACGCCAAAGCACCCGCUGUACACGCAGGUCGUGGCCGACUUGAAGGCGCGGAAUGCCGAUCUGCACAGCCUGGACAUUGCUCCCAAGAUGCAGGCCCUGCAGGAUCUGCUGCACCAGUGCGGCAUCGGCCCGGGCAGUGUCGAGGACAUGGACAACGUCAGCGCUAACCACCGCGUGCUGAUUUUCUGCCAGCACAAGGAGAUGAUCGAGCGCAUCGAGCAGGACCUGUUCCAGCGCGCCAUGCCCGGCGUCACAUACAUGCGCGUCGACGGCACAGUUGAGGCGCGCCGCCGCCAGGAGAUCGUCUCGGCCUUUAACAGCGACCCCAGCAUCGACGCCCUGCUGCUGACCACGCAUGUCGGCGGUCUCGGACUGAACCUGACGGGGGCUGAUACUGUGAUUUUCGUCGAGCACGACUACAACCCCGCCAUGGAUCUGCAGGCCAUGGACCGCGCCCAUCGUCUCGGCCAGACACGCGUCGUCAACGUGUAUCGCCUCAUCACACGCCAUACGCUCGAGGAGAAGAUCAUGGGCCUGCAGGCGUUCAAGCUGCAUAUGGCUAACACGAUUCUGCUGGAUCUGUUCAACGUGUCGCCAAGCGAUGCCAAGGAAUCCAAGAUCGAGGACAAGCAGGAUGCCAGGCGGCUCAAACAAGAGCUGUGGGACUCGAGCCAGUACGAGGACGAGUACAAUCUGGACAAUUUUAUCUCGUCGCUGCAGCAGUAG